AGUGGUGGAGCCAGUACCACUCAGUCAAGUAGGCCUACUCCGCGACCCACAGCACCAAAGUCUAUGUCUGUAGCAAAACAAGGCCAAAUUGAUAUUGCAUUGGCUAAAAUGAUUGCCACCGAUUUCCAGCCAUUUUCGAUCGUGGAGGACAGAGGUUUUAGAAAUUAUAGCAAUAGUCUAAAUCCAAUGUACACAAUUCAAAGCAGGAAAACCCUUUCAAAAUCACUUAUUCCACAACUGUAUGGGAGCACACAGGCAUCAGUGCUGGAAAGAGUCCAAAAAGCUACUGCAGUUUGCCUUAACACUGUAACAUAAGCAAAGCCAUGAAAAUCUUAAAAUGGACCCAUCAUCCAUGUCUUGCCCACACAAUCAACCUGAUUGUAAGAGAUUCUCUGAAGGAGCACAGUAGGUGCUGAAAAACUCAAGUCUACACAACGCCAGAUGGGGAUGCCUGAGCUGAGGCCUAAACAAGACUGCACUACAAGGUGGAAUUCAACAUGUUAUAUGUUGAAGCGGUUUCUUGAGUCAAAGGAUGCCAUCAUCUCUACCCUGGUCAUUGUUAAUGCACCUGUUGAUGCUCUGACCCAAGAGGAAUGGGAGGUGGUGGAGGAGGUGUGCAGAGUCCUGGAACCCUUUGAGCAGGUUACUGUGGAGAUCAGUGGAGAGAGCUGUGUGACAGCCUCAAAAGUGAAACUCCCGUGUAAGGGUCUGCAGCAAAUCACAGCCAGCCGUCAGAGAGAAGCAAAUGUAACCACAGGACAUGCGACAGAGUUGAUGGACACCCUAUGUUCAUCAAUGGACAGAAAGUUCCACAGAAUGGAAUAUGAUCACAUGCUAUCAGAAACCGCUGCACUUGACCCCAGGUUUAAGAAGUUAGCCUUCAGUGAUGCCAGAGUGAUUGAUGAGGCUCUUCAAAGAAUAACCUCAGCAGCAGGGAGGGACAGCCCCAGCAGUCAGCUGGCUCAGGCACCAGGGCAACAGGGCAACAGGAUGAAGAGGGAGCAGAAAACCAGCAGUAGUGCCACAAACAUCUGCUGUUUGACGAGAGAGCAACUGGGGAUGCAGCACAAAGGAAUCCUUCAGCAGAUGCCAUAAUGGAGGUCAUUUAUUUCCAUUUUUGGGAUGUUGCAGUUUUGCAAAUGGUUAUUUAUUUUUCUUUGAUAUGGUGCAAUAUUCUAUUACGCUGCUUUGAUUGUAUUAGUUUUGAAU